AGCACAACCAAUCUCCAAUCUGCACCGCGCAACCCCCACCCAGACACAGUAUCCUCCUCGACGAGCCAGCUGUUGGCUUCUUGCCACGGCACCAUCUCAUCGGUAGAAGGCGUGUCCCCUGCCCGGAUUGCUCUGUGCGCCCCUUUGUCCUCCGGUGGGUGGUGGCGGCGCUCGGCCGACGACACUAAUGGCGGCUGCAGCCGUCAGGCAGCGCCCUGGGCCGGGGGGAACCCGCGCGCAGCUCCCGCCCUGUUACUACGAAGGAUACCUGGAGAAGCGAGGACCCAAAGAAAAGGCACCCAAGCGGCUGUGGACUUGUCUGUGUGGGAAUGCGUUGUAUUUCUUUAAUAAUUCCAAGGACACUCACUAUGUUGAGAAGCUGGACCUCAGCGGGUUUGUGUCCCUGAAGGAUGACUGCAGCCGGGACAAAAAUUUGGAAGCAGCCAGACUCAUCCUACGCAUGAAGGACGGAGAAACCAAAAUAACAGCACCAAAUCUAGAAUCAAGGGAGCUAUGGAAGGGUUUUCUCUUCUCUGUCAUCGAUCUGAAUGUACCAUCCAGUCUCACGUUGCUGCCUGGCCAGCUCCAAAUGCUGAGGGAGGUUGUGGACAAAGAAAGGUCCAGGCGGAGAAGUCGCACCCCCACAAGAGCACCUCCUUCGCCUCUCUCUGUCCCUUUAGUGGGAGAGAUCCCCCCGUGUUUUCGGCCAGUGUCACGAACUGAAGCCGAAGUCCUCUUAGAGAGACACCCAGAUUGUGGCAACAUGCUGCUGCGACCCGGGAGAGACGGAAGCUCAUUGGCUGUGACCACCCGCCAGGACCUCAACGGAUCUGUGUUCAGACACUACAGAGUCACACAGAGGGACCAGGGUGGCUAUGUGAUUGAUGUUGAAAAUCCAAUUCCCUGUGCAACGCUUCAUGAUGUCAUUGAUGCGCUGGUGGAGAAGACGGCCGGGACCCUGCAACCUUUCCUGCUAGAAGAACCUUAUGAGGAGAAUAUAACAUACGUUUCUGCUAAUGACGAGAAUGGAGAAAGGAUCCUCCACACCGCCCCCACCAGCCCCCUGCCAAAGGCUCCCACACUGCCCCCAAAGCAAGUUGGUGCUGAUCGUUGGCCCGGCAGCCCCCCACCCCGCUCCCCUGCUCCGGACCGCCGCAUCCUGACCUCGUCAGUGCCCGCCUCGCCCACUAACCCAAUGAGACGACUCAUCUUAUCACCUUCCCCUCUCGCACACUCUCUCAACGAGGAGCUCAAAAUGAAGCUGGAGAAGAGACGAGCCAGUCAGGAGUAAUGAACUAUUUUAGGGGGUGACGCUGGUGCCGAACCCGCUUCUCAUCGCAGCUACGAAUUCAUUCUGUGCCUUGUAGGUGGAACACAAAAAGCCGUACACGGCAGCCAGCAUCGCAUAGUUGUCGGAGGUGUGUUUGUCGGACUUGUUGCGAUCAAGACUGGUGUAGACACACUUGAUACUUGAACUGCGCAAAGUACUGUUUACGAACUAUCUCUGAGCACAAUUUUUUUCCCCUCACGACAGCCUCGACAACUCAGAAUCUGAUAAGUAGGGCCUACCGACUGACCCUGGUGCUGUUUUACAGAGCCGGUUGUUUUUUGUUAUGUUUUUUUUUUUUUUUUUUGCUCAAGUCAUGUAGCUGCUAAGUGACGUUUUCAAUUAACAGCGCCGUUGAGAAUAAAACAAUGCAACAACGUAAGAACUGAGGAACUUUACUGUAGCGAUGUAACUAGCCAAUUUACAAAUAGCAACUCUGUGUUACCUUCUCUACAACUGUGAGUGUGUGUGUGUGUUCCUGUGACUCACCGCCAUUUAGACAUGUCUGAAAAUCCCAGGUGACUCUUUCUAUGGAAAACCGUUUGAGCCUUUAUUCAAUGUCUUUGAGAUCCAAUUCAUGGUCCUUGUGAUAGUAAGCACCUUUUUCUCAUGAGGCAAUUCCCUGCACAACUUGGGUGUACUUGUAACAUUCAUUUUUCCACAGCUUGCGCAACUUUUGCCCAACUAGAAUACAAUAAAAGUUUACUAUACAGUGCUUGUAAACUACUGGGCUAAACCAGUCACAGCAGUUUGAGCAUUUAUUCGACAUCCAUGAUUUUCAGCUUGAGGUUGAUGUGUUAGUAAGGUUGCAUCUAGCGCUUCACUAAUGGGGUGUGAAUGUCAAUUUGUGCAGUUUUAGGUCACAAAUAAUAUGUACUUGUUCAACUAAUAUGCCAAAGUUGUCCUCCUAGUGUCCAGAAAUGUCAUGUAGGGAAUAAUAGUGUGUUGGGGGGGGGGGGGG